CCGAGAACAUAUAGGCAGGCUAACAGAGGAGGUGCAUAAGCAGAAAGUACUGCUUAGAGAGAUGUCAGACGAACUACGCCGCCUCAAGUCGCUCCUUGACGAAAUGACAGAAACUGCGGAGCACAGGAUGUUCACCGUGUUCUGGUUGUUGCUUGACAACAUGAAAGAUAUAGACGUUACUCGUCUGAGGGAGGACAUGUCAGCCAGACUUCAGGCAAUUGCUGAAACGAAGAACACCACGUUCGACAAGUUUCAGGCAUGGCUGGAUAUUGAAAGGGAAAGGCGCACCGCAGUCUUGAAGCGAUUCUCCGCCCACGUCACGAAGACAACAAACGGGGAGUCAGACGGAGGGGAUGUCAUGUGUCUUGCCAGCUGCGGAACGUGUGUGCUGAAGGAGGGGUGGGCAUCGUACAAUAGCCAAGAUUACAACACAGGUUCGCUACCUACGACGACAAGCAGCGUCGUUGAUCUCUUAGCCUUCGCCGAGGACUGCAUUCGCCACUGUACGGAAACCGUCGAGGAGUACAGUCUGAGUGAAGUGGGUGUAGGGUCUGUUAAUGACGAGCUUCCUGCAAAAAUCGCGUUUCUGCUGAGCAGUUGCGAAGACGUAAUGGAUGCCCUGCAACACAGUCGAGGCAGGUUGUUGGCUGGAGAACUGACGGUGACAUGUAUGGAAGGAGAUGUUAUGGGAUGUGGAGAAGGUGAAACGAAGAAGGGAAGAGAAGAAGCUGACAGACCAAUCGGAGUGUGUUCGGGAAAUGGGGCCACUCUUGGGAAGGAUGCGCCUGCGCCACACGUCCUGUUGGCGUGCAGUGAUGUUGCCGCACUGAAAUCUCACCACAUGGAGCCUGCGAUUCAAUCGAAUGUUAACGGCGUGGAGACAUGCGCGAUGGAGACCCAGGACAUUGUGAAGGGUAUCGCAGUUGUCAGCAACGAAGGGAUAUCGGCCGGAGCAAACACCACAGACUGUGCAGUGGUCAUUGCGGCAAUUUGUGAGCAGAUUGCAGACAUGAUGACGGAUGGUGAGGCCAGUGAGAAUGAUGCAGGGUAUGUUGUUGCAAACGAUAAUGUGGUCAGGACGUCAGCAGAAACUCUCUUCCCCUAUGACAUCAAUUGGGUGCCUGGUCGUCUUCAACCGGGUAUCGUUGGAGGAGCAUCGUGCUUCGCGUUCAAAGUCAAUGGGGAAUGGGUUCCAUAUCCCGCCCCCAAAGCGACGUCGUGGAGGGGCGUGACUCUGUCAAUCAUCUUCAACAGAGUGCUGAGGCUGAACGAUGAGGUGAGCGCUGACGACAAAUCGCCGCAUGUGUUGAAACUGUGGUAUGUUCUGGACGCGAAGGGCGAGUUGAGGCUCAAUGAUUUUGAGUACGACAGUGUCGACUGCGGAAAGUCAUGGGUGAUUGGCGGGUUGGACACUGCAGCGAGUUCGGUUUGCCCACAGACUGAUGCCAGGAGGGAUCCACGGUGGGGUUGGGUGCCACAUGACGCCCCGCUUCUUUGUGGCCAUGUGAAGGUGUCGAUGCGUGAUGCCAUGGGGAAUGUAUGGACCACGUGUUAUAUAAACGGCAGCUUCUCAUCUAGGCACCUGAAUAGGGAGGUGACUGAAGAGGAGAAGAUGGCGAUGGCUUGUCCCACCCCUGCUGCUCGUUGUUUUUCGCCGCCUCUUCGGAACCCUGUGGAGCUCGAGGUGGCAGAGGGGAAAGUGUUCACGGGUGACCAUGGGUACACAUACACGCAUGCCAGAGGGGAGGACGCUACUGCUAAUGGAAUAACUACGCUGGUAUGGGACCCAUUCAACCUGAACCCUGACGUUCUGGCUGCCAUAGACAUUGCGGCCCAUGUCAUCCCUGACGGGCAGUUGCAGCAGCAUGUGGCCCCUCAGAAGUAUGGAUAUCGUGUGAAUUGGGUCCCAGGAUGUCUGCAGCCGGCAACAGUUGAUGGCAAGUUCCUGGUGGUAGUGACACGUGUCUCCAUUUUCAAUGCAGAUGUGAAAGACCACGUGCUGGUUGUGGAGCAUGCAAAGCGGUGCUGGGAGAAGAUAAGGGAGGAGGACCGUCAGAUGGUGUGCAUGGGUUACGACUCCAUGCCAGACCAGGGGAUGUGGUCCAUGGUUGAGGGGAGUCCUGGUGGACAAGGGCAGGGCGAUGGCGAGAACAGGUACAUGGCUGACAUCCGCCGCAGGCAUGGUUGCUCCGCCCUUGUUGGUUGGGUCCUGGCCGUAUGUUGCAUGACAUACGAGCAAGGUGGAGAGAUGAUGAUGAGGUUCAGGGACCCGCUUGGUGUGCCGUUUCUGCUGACGUACUCGGAUGGCCUCCUGCGAGACAUUCGGUAUAUGGUGGCCGAGGACACCCGAGGUGGACAUCGGAGGCGGGGACAGACGGAGGAGACGCGCCCGGGACAUCAGGACGGUUUGUCUGCUGAGGUGGAGGGCCCAUGUGGCGGUGAGCGAGUUGCAGGGUGCUCUGCAGCGCAGGGUGACGUGGCCGGGCCCAGCAAGACAGUGAUGUCCCACAGCCCGAGGAAGGUGAAGGCGGUUGUGUCGAGGCCGCGGAGGGGGAAGACGGCUGGUGACAAGCAAAAGAAGAACCCCCAGCCUGUGCCACAGACCGGUAACAAUGCAGAUGCGCCUGCACGGGUCCACAGACGCCGCAGACACCCCGGGAUGGCAACUUUGACAGAGAUCAGGAAGCUGCAACGAUCCACCGACCUUUGUAUCCCUUUCAGGCACUUCUUGCGCGUCGUCCGCGAGGUGGUGGAGAAGGACAUUACCCCUAAUAAGGGUCUGAGGUUCCAAAUGACGGCUGUGCGUGCUUCAAUGGAGGCUGUGGAGGCUUACGUGGUAGCCAACUUCGAGAACACAAACGAAGUGGCGAUCCACUCGAAAAGGGUGACCAUCCAGGGAAAGAAGGACAAGUGCCGGAAGAAAUCGAGGGCCGAAAAGAAGCAGUCGAAAGAGCAUCGCAGAAGCGGCGUCGGCCCCUCUGCGAAAACGGAGCAUAAGCGCAGCCGCAAAUCCGGAUCGAAAGUUACAGUCCCUUCGAGUGCACGGGAGAUUUCAACGCUGAAAGAACGUAACGAGUCGCCCCCCUCGACCCCCAUCCGGGGAAAGCGCGAAAGCGGCGCCGAGAACCGUCCGCCAAGGGCCCCGAAAAAAAAUUCGCGAGAUGAUAGAAGCGCGACUACGCACCGCAGAACAAAGAAGAGAAUAUCCUACAAAGACGACAAAACAGUGGAGACAAUCGAUAUUAGAGGGUCUGACGACAGGCACAGCGGACCCCAAGUGGAAGAAGAGGAGGAACACGACCGUUCCGCGCCAGAGAAGUCAGAUGGUGCGGAGGACGAUGAGCCAGGAAACGAGGGAGACGACAGCGAUUCUUCCCGCAGACAAUCGCAAGACACCGAUGAGGACGACGACAGCGACGGCAAGUCGGUCAGCGAGAGAACCGGCGAAGACCAGAGCGCCGCUUCGGAAAGAGGUGGUUCGCCAUUUCCUUCGAGGACGCUGCGCAGAGAAGGAGAACGGCAGACACGCAAUGGCAGCGACACCGAGGAGCGUGUCGGUGACAGACAAAUCGUACAGCACGUCGGCGCCGCCGGAAAAGUGCGCGCAAGCGGCGGAGCCGUGCAAGGACCGAAGGACGAGGGCGCCGCAUUCGCGAAGAAAAUGAAGGGCAAGCUGUUGCAUUCCGUCGCCAAAGCCUUUGCGUUCUCUGCGGCAAACGACGCAACUCUGUACCCGACAGAGGACGCGUUUUUCGCGGAGGUGCAAGCGACGGCGAAACUGGCAGGGGAGACAGCAGAGGAAGGGCUGCGGUCUCACAAAGCAGAGUGCGGGAUUCGAGCUGUCAUAGGGGAAUGCAACAGAAUAAUGACGACGAUCCGCGGAGAGAUUACAUGGCAGCUGAAACAUUGGUUUUGGGCUGAAAAAGAAAUUCCGCUCGUCGGAUCGCAGCAAACGGAUCACCACCUCCCCGCUCGCAACAAGAUGCGCACCGAGAUGAAGGAGAACAAGAUGUGGAGACGGAGCGACGACGAUCCGUGGGGCGCCCCCGCCUUCAAGACGACACUCUUAAAAGUUUUUCAGAUGAGAAAGGAAGGCCGGAACCUGGGCGUCACCCUGCAGCAACUGACUUUUGCGGAGAUGGUCAUUCAAUACGGAGGACGAGGAAGAGGAGGAGGAAGAGGAGGAGGAGGAGGAGGACGAGAAGGAGGAGGAGGAAGAGGGAGAGGAGGUCCCAAUGACGGAGGAGGAGGCGGAGGAGGAAGAGGAGGAGGCGGAGGUGCCGAUAGAGGAGGAGGAGGAGGAGGAAGACGAGGAGGAAGGGGAGGAGGAGGAGGCGGAGGAGGAGCCGAUAGAGGAGGAGGAGGAGGAGGAGGACGACGCGAUGGAGGAGGAGGAGGAGGGGGAGGAAGAGGGAGAGGAGGUGCCGACGACGGAGGAUGUCCCGAUGUGGGAAGUCCCGAUGACGGAGGAGGUCCCGAUGUGGGAAGUCCCGACGACGGGGGAGGUCCCGAUGUGGGAAGUCCCGACGACGGAGGAGGUCACGAUGUGGGAAGUCCCGACGAUGGAGGAGGUCCUGAUAGAGGAGGAGGAGGAGGAGGAGGAGGAGGAGGUCCCGAUGGAAGAGGAGGAGGCGGAGGUCCCGAUAGAGGAGGAGGAGGAAGAGGAGGGGGAGGGGGAGGGGGAGGCGGAGGAGGAAAAGGAGACGAUGGAGAAGAAGACGAGGCGACGACGACGACGACGACGACGACGAAGAAGAAGAAGAAGAAGAAGAAGAAGAAGAAGAAGAAGAAGAAGAAGAAGAAGAAGAAGAAGAAGAAGAAGAAGAAGAAGAAGAAAAAUAAGAAGAAGAAGAAGAAGAAGAAGAAGAAGAAGAGGAGGAAUCAGGCGUACCCUUAAGUUAGGGCGGUCUGGUCGUAUUGCCUUAUGUAA